AUGGCGACCCCUUUAAGUGAGGAUCGAACAACACCGGCAGCACCGACAUCUUGCCUAUGCCUGCGUACACUAGAGUUGUGCCUAUGCUUGCACAACAAUACAAGCUUCCAGUCCACUAUGACAAUGCUGUCAUCACUUCUUUAUUUAUUCAUAAUUCAUCUUUCAUUUGGAACGCCAUUGGAAGUAAAGGCUGAAGAUCUGGGAGGCUUUUCCCAUCCACCAGUAAGUGAACAUCUCCUUCCAAUGGAAGCUUCCUCAGGUUUAGAUUACAACUCUGAAAACUACAAGCAGAAUUCUGAGCCAGAAGACUGGACAAAGUUGCCUGCGCAAAAACGGAGGACUAAAUCAAUAUUUGCUAAGAUUUUCAGGACCGACAACCAGGAAUCAUUGAUUCGAGAGAAACGUGCAGCCACUGACCUUCCUGCAGACUUUGAGGCUGACAUUGAACUAAGUUUUCCGGAUUUCAGCAUGGCGGCAGCUAUCAGAAACUUACUGGAGACAAGUCUGAAGGACUUGUCGCUCGGUCAACUGAUUACGAUAUCCAGUGUAGAUGUCUUUCCAGAAAUGCCAAAUAUCAAAGUGUCUCCAGACCCAAUUUUCUUAGGAGACACAGGAAUGAUCACAUGUAACUUCGGCGCAGUCGUGAACGUGACCUGGUAUCACAAUUCUACAAAGAUUUCAGAUGAUUCCAAGUAUACAACUUACUUCACGAAACAAGGAUCAACGGUUUUAUACCAGCUGAGGGUGAAGGAUCUUACAGGGACUGAUGCCGGUACUUACAACUGUUCUGGUAGCAUAAAUGGAACGAUUAAAAAUAUGAGCACUGUCGUCCAUAUCUCCAAGAUUAUAAUUACUGCAUCUCCUAACAUUGAAACCUUCUGUGAUGGCUCUAAAUUGAAUAUUUCCUGCUGCAGUUCGGACAUUGAUGUCUUUAAUGUGACAUGGGAGGCUGAAGAUGCCCCGGGUACGCCAUCUGGAGACAGUGGAAAUAUAAAAUGUUUUGAAUCCGAACAGUUAGUUAAGUGUGAACCCAAUACAAUACACUGUGUAGUCACCAACAAAUUGUCUGACCAAGUCAGGAGCAAAGACGCGAUUACCAUAAGCCUUCUAGAUGAAUCCUCAGGUAACACAUGCAAAGCUGUUGAUAAGCGUCCUGAAACUCCAAACGGACAUAACUAUUCUGUACCAUGCAUGACCAUUGACCCGCUUCAAUUUGGUAACAUCAUUUAUCUCUGCGAGGAUGGGACCUGGGGAGAGGCAACAAAUGAGUGUUUUUCUGAAAAGAUUUUUACAGAGUUGCAAAAACUCAAGAACUUGGUAGAUGGUCCAGAUAUAGAACAAAACCUGCCAUUAUUUCUUGAAAAUUUAAAGAAUGUGGCAAAAAGUGAAAGCCAUAAUAUAGCAAGGUCAUCCAAAAAUAUGGAAUACAUGGUUGAAAUGAUAUCUACAAUUGCUAACCAGAACCUAACAGUAUCUUUGACAAUGAUGGAAAAUUUCCUUCAAACAGUAGACAUUGUGGUGGAUAGAAAUUCAACCUCAAUGUACAGCUUUACGAUUCUGAAGUCCAUGGAAAACUUUGCAACUCGUCUUCAAUUUAAUGGUUCUGCCAUAUCUAUCAAGAAUGAAAACAUAAGGCACAUCCAGCUCUUUGGCCAAGUAGUGAACAGUGACACCAAGUAUGAUGGGAACUUUUCGUGGGCUGGUCUAAAUGGUAGAGUAACAAUCAAAAAUGGGACCCUACCAGGAGAGUCUAACACAGUGGUCACCAUAGCUUAUUCUACGAUGAAAGAUCUUUUGCCGCCGCAGGACAAUAAGAAGGUCAAUGCCUUGGUCAUGUCUACAGUCAUAAGUAACCUCUCAAGUGCUGACAUUGAUAAAAAUGUUUUUGACAUCACUAUGACAUUUACCAUAAGUAAUGAAAGCCUGAAGAACCCAGACUGCUCCUGGUUAGACCUUGACAACCAGUAUUGGAGAAGCAAUGGUUGCAUAACUAUUGAUGCCAGUGAUGGAGUGGUGAAAUGUUCAUGCAACCACUUGACCUCGUUCUCAAUCCUCAUGGGUGGUACUGAUAACAAUGAUACAUUUUUGGCUAUAAUUACGUAUAUUGGAGUUGCAGUAUCCAUUGUAUGUCUGGUUAUCACACUAGUCAUCGAAGCAGUAGUGUGGAGAUCUGUGAUCAAAAACAAGACCUCUUACAUGCGUCACGUUUGCCUAGUCAAUAUUGCCGUGACCCUUUUAAUUGCUGAUAUCUGGUUUAUCAUUGGUGCUCAACUGGAAGAAUACCCAGACUCAAAUGUGUGCAUAACUGCAGCUUUCUUCACCUGUUACUUCUACUUGUGCUUGUUCUUCUGGAUGUUGGUCCUUGGACUUAUCCUCUUUUAUCGUUUAAUCUACAUCCUGCACGACAUCAGUAGACGAAGCAUGAUGAUCAUAGCUUUCACCAUGGGAUACGGUUGUCCACUCUUGAUUGCCGUCAUAGCUGUGGCAUCAACAGCUCCAAGAGGGAUAUUCACAGAUGGUAAAUUCUGCUGGCUGUCAAAAGACAAAUCAGGAACAUUCCUGGCCUUUGUGGUCCCAGCUUUAACCAUUGUGUUCAUCAAUUUGAUUAUCUUGAUUGUGGUUAUUGUAAAGUUACUGAGGCCAGCAAUUGGAGAAAGGCCCAGGCAUGAGGAAAGGCAAAAUAUUGUUGCUAUUGCUAAAAGUAUUGCUGUUCUCACCCCUCUUCUCGGAACCUCUUGGGCACUUGGUUUAGGAGUUUCCCUUUAUCCCAACAAUACGGUGAUCCAUGGAAUAUUUGCAGCCUUCAACUCUCUUCAGGGCUUAUUCAUUUUGAUAUCUAUUGUCCUUCUGGACCAGAAUGUAAGGAAGGCGGUGAGGAGCAGCAUUUCUACAUCCUACUGGAGCACACUCCGGACCAAGGUGCAGUCGUCAUCUACUAAUUUUACAGCAUCGCCAAAGCCUCCAAGGAAGAAUAUUUUUAAGAGAACAGGAGGCUACCAUUUCAACUUUCCCCAAGAUUCAUCCAGUGGUCCUUCAGCAAGCUCAUUAUCUUUGCUUACUUAAGGCAGACCAUUAUAUAUGGAGCCAUUUAUAUCGAGG